AUGGCGCCCAGGAUGCAGGACGGCAUCGACAAGGACACGCGCCCUGCUGUGGGGCUGGUGGACAGCCGCAGGGGCCUCGACAUCGGGCGGCGCACCCUCGUGGUGGUCCAGCCGGGCGCGGGGCACAGCGAGGGCGGCAAGCCCUGGGGGGUCGAGGCGCAAGUCUUCGGCGCGACGCCAGCGCUGACACUGCAGGACAUCUCGCGGCAGAAGCACGGGAAGUACGAGAGCACGGUCCACAUCGUCGACCACGGCGACUCCCAGAGGGAGGCCGUCCGGCGGCUCUUCGACGCCCAGACAGGGGUCGGGAUGGUCCGGGGGCAGAGCCGAGCUUGGCGGGGGACCCGCCGUUGUCUCAAGCAUCUGUUGCGCAUCUCCGACAGGUGCUGCUGCAGUCCUACGAGAUACAGCUGA